GCAGCACCUACGACAACCACUACAACUGCAGCACCUACGACAACCACUACAACUGCAGCACCUACGACAACCACUACGACUGCAGCACCUACGACAACCACUACGACUGCAGCACCUACGACAACCACUACAACUGCAGCACCGCCGACAACCACUACAACUGCAGCACCGCCGACAACCACUACAACUGCAGCACCUACGACAACCACUACAACUGCAGCACCUACGACCACCACAACUGUACCUCCUACGACCACCACAACUGUACCUCCUACGACCACCACAACUGUACCUCCUACGACCACCACAACUGUACCUCCUACGACAACCACAACUGUACCUCCUACGACAACCACAACUGUACCUCCUACGACAACCACAACUGUACCUCCUACGACAACCACAACUGUACCUCCUACGACAACCACAACUGUACCUCCUACGACAACCACAACUGUACCUCCUACGACAACCACAACUGUACCUCCUACGACAACCACAACUGUACCUCCUACGACAACCACAACUGUAGCUCCUACGACAACCACAACUGUAGCUCCUACGACCCCCACAACAACUGUAGCUCCUAUGACCCCCACAACUGCAGCACUUACAACGACAACUGUAGCUCCUACGACCACAACUGCAGCACCUACUACGACAACCACAACUGCACCUCCUACGACAACCACAACUGCACCUCCUACGACAACCACAACUGCAGCUCCAACUACAACAACUGUACCUCCUACGACAACCACAACUGCAGCUCCAACUACGACAACUGUAGCUCCUACGACAACCACAACUGCAGCUCCAUCUACAACAACUGUAGCUCCAACGACCACCACAACUGCAGCGCCUACUACGACAACUACAACACCUACUACGACAACCACAACUGCAGCUCCAACUACAACAACUGUACCUCCUACGACAACCACAACUGCAGCUCCAUCUACAACAACUGUAGCUCCAACGACCACCACAACUGCAGCACCUACUACGACAACUACAACACCUACUACGACAACCACAGCACCUACUACGACAACCACAACUGAAGCUCCUACGAUAACCACAACUGCAGCACCUACUACGACAACUACAACACCUACUACGACAACCACAACACCUACUACGACAACCACAACACCUACUACGACAACCACAACACCUACUACGAUAACCACAACUGCACCUCCUACGACAACCACAACUGCAGCGCCAACUACGACAACUGUAGCUCCUACGACAACCACAACUGCAGCUCCAUCUACAACAACUGUAGCUCCAACGACCACCACAACUGCAACGCCUACUACGACAACUACAACACCUACUACGACAACCACAACUGCAGCUCCAACUACAACAACUGUACCUCCUACGACAACCACAACUGCAGCUCCAUCUACAACAACUGUAGCACCAACGACCACCACAACUGCAGCACCUACUACGACAACUACAACACCUACUACGACAACCACAACACCUACUACGACAACCACAACACCUACUACGACAACCACAACACCUACUACGAUAACCACAACUGUAGCUCCUACGACAACCACAACUGUAGCUCCUACGACAACCACAACUGUAGCUCCUACGACAACCACAACUGCAGCUCCUACGACAACCACAACUGCAGCUCCUACGACAACCACAACUGCAGCUCCAACUACAACAACUGUAGCUCCUACGACCACCACAACUGCAGCACCUACUACGACAACUGCAGCACCUACUACGACAACUACAACACCUACUUCGACAACCACAGCACCUACUACGACAACCACAACUGUACCUCCUACGACAACCACUACAACUGCAGCUCCAACUACAACAACUGUAGCUCCUACGACCACCACAACUGCAGCACCUACAACGACAACUACAACACCUACUACGACAACCACAGGACCUACUACGACAACCACAACUGUACCUCCUACGACAACAACUACAACUGCAGCUCCAACUACAACAACUGUAGCUCCUACGACCACCACAACUGCAGCACCUACUACGACAACUACAACACCUACUACGACAACCACAACACCUACUACGACAACCACUACAACUGCAGCACCUACGACAACCACUACAACUGCAGCACCUACGACAACCACUACAACUGCAGCACCUACGACAACCACUACAACUGCAGCACCUACGACAACCACUACAACUGCAGCACCUACGACAACCACUACAACUGCAGCACCUACGACAACCACUACAACUGCAGCACCUACGACAACCACUACAACACCUACGACAACCACUACAACACCUACGACAACCACUACAACUGCAGCACCUACGACCACCACAACUGUACCUCCUACGACCACCACAACUGUACCUCCUACGACCACCACAACUGUACCUCCUACGACCACCACAACUGUACCUCCCACGACAACCACAACUGUACCUCCCACGACAACCACAACUGUACCUCCCACGACAACCACAACUGUACCUCCCACGACAACCACAACUGUACCUCCUACGACAACCACAACUGUACCUCCUACGACAACCACAACUGUACCUCCUACGACAACCACAACUGUACCUCCUACGACAACCACAACUGUACCUCCUACGACAACCACAACUGUACCUCCUACGACAACCACAACUGUACCUCCUACGACAACCACAACUGUAGCUCCUACGACAACCACAACUGUAGCUCCUACGACCCCCACAACAACUGUAGCUCCUACGACCCCCACAACUGCAGCACUUACAACGACAACUGUAGCUCCUACGACCACAACUGCAGCACCUACUACGACAACCACAACUGCACCUCCUACGACAACCACAACUGCACCUCCUACGACAACCACAACUGCAGCUCCAACUACAACAACUGUACCUCCUACGACAACCACAACUGCAGCUACAACUACGACAACUGUAGCUCCUACGACCCCCACAACUGCAGGACCUACUACGACAACUACAACCGAAACUGCUACGACAACCACGACUUCAGCGCCUACUACGACAACUACAACACCUACUACGACAACCACAACUGCAGCUCCAACUACAACAACUGUACCUACUACGACAACCAAAACUGCAGCUCCAUCUACAACAACUGUAGCUCCAACGACCACCACAACUGCAGCACCUACGACAACCACUACAACUGCAGCACCUACGACAACCACUACAACUGCAGCACCUACAACAACCUAUACAACUGCAGCACCGACGACAACCACCACAACUGCAGCACCGACGACAACCACCACAACUGCAGCACCGACGACAACCACUACAACUGCAGCACCUACGACAACCACUACAACUGCAGCACCUACGACAACCACUACAACUGCAGCACCUACUACGACAACCACAACUGCACCUCCUACGACAACCUCAACUGCAGCUCCAACUACAACAACUGUACCUCCUACGACAACCACAACUGCAGCUACAACUACGACAACUGUAGGUCCUACGACCCCCACAACUGCAGCACUUACAACGACAACUGUAGCUCCUACGACAACCUCAACUGCAGCUCCAUCUACAACAACUGUAGCUCCAACGACCACCACAACUGCAGCACCUACGACAACCACUACAACUGCAGCACCUACGACAACCACUACAACUGCAGCACCGACGACAACCACUACAACUGCAGCACCGACGACAACCACCACAACUGCAGCACCGACGACAACCACCACAACUGCAGCACCGACGACAACCACUACAACUGCAGCACCUACGACAACCACUACAACUGCAGCACCUACGACAACCACUACAACUGCAGCACCUACGACAACCACUACAACUGCAGCACCUACGACAACCACUACAACUGCAGCACCUACGACAACCACUACAACUGCAGCACCUACGACAACCACUACAACACCUACGACAACCACUACAACUGCAGCACCUACGACCACCACAACAACACCUACGACAACCACUACAACUGCAGCACCUACGACAACCACUACAACUGCAGCACCUACGACAACCACUACAACUGCAGCACCUACGACAACCACUACAACACCUACGACAACCACUACAACUGCAGCACCUACGACCACCACAACUGUACCUCCUACGACCACCACAACUGUACCUCCUACGACCACCACAACUGUACCUCCUACGACCACCACAACUGUACCUCCUACGACCACCACAACUGUACCUCCCACGACAACCACAACUGUACCUCCCACGACAACCACAACUGUACCUCCCACGACAACCACAACUGUACCUCCCACGACAACCACAACUGUACCUCCCACGACAACCACAACUGUACCUCCUACGACA